UGGAUAUAUGAGAGUUGCCGUCCCCUAAUAGUGUAUCCCUUUGUUAACAGUGGAACCGCAUAUAUUUAUUGUCUUAGAGCAUACCGCUUUCUCCGCCAGCAACAUUACCCUCUCAUUUAUUAAAACCCGCCAUGGGAUCAAUAGGAAAACUCUCCAACCCCAAAGAAUACCAGAAGAUAUUCCAUUGGGCGGAAACACAGAAGGAUGGUGAAAUUCCCUCCUUUCCCACCCGCCGGAAUGACCCUUAUGAGUAUCAAGCUGGAUUUGGUAACGCUUUUGUCUCCGAGGCAGUGCCCGGAACUAUUCCUCAAGGGCAGAAUAAUCCCCGCAAGGUGCGUUUUGGUUUGUACGCAGAGCAAGUAACGGCCACUGCUUUCGUAGCACCAAGACAAACGAACAAGAAGGCAUGGCUAUACCGUGCCCGUCCGGCGGUUGCUCAUCAAGGAUUCACAAAUCUACCGGAUAACCCAGAUACAGAGGCCACUUUCUUGCCUUUAAACCCGCGGGUUCACAUCUCUCCAACCCAGCUAGCAUGGCAUCCAUUUGAGAUUCCCUCCACCGAACAAGUGGACUUUGUCUCCGGUCUCAAGACCGUCGCUGGGUCCGGAGACCCGACUCUCCGAGAGGGCCUAGCAACUCAUGUCUAUGCUGCAAACACCAGCAUGAGCCAGAAGGCUUUUGUCAACUCUGACGGUGAGAUGCUCAUCGUCCCCCAGCAGGGAGCCAUAGACAUCCAAACUGAAUUCGGCCCACUCUUCGUCCAGCCGGGCGAGAUUUUCGUCAUUCCACGCGGUAUUCGCUUUCGUGUCCAGCUCCCCGACGGCCCUUCUCGCGGCUAUAUCCUCGAAAUCUGGGGAUCUUUCUAUGAACUCCCUGAGCUGGGCCCGCUGGGCGCAAACGGCCUAGCCAACGUGCGGGACUUCCUGGCACCAGUAGCCAAGUAUGAAAUUCUCCAGGGGUCAUGGGAGAUUGUAUACAAGCUCGGAGGAAAGUUCUUUGCCUGCACGCAAAACCACAGCCCGUUCGAUGUGGUGGCCUGGCAUGGUAAUUAUGUUCCCUACAAAUACGACCUGACGAAAUUCGUCAACGUCGGCUCGAUCUCGGUAGACCACAUUGACCCCUCGAUCUUCUGCGUGCUCACGGCAAAAUCUCGCGAUCUCACUGCGCCGCUCGCGGACUUCCUCAUCUUCUCCCCUAGAUGGGAUGUCGCGUCCCACACCUACCGCCCCCCAUACUACCACCGCAACGCCGCCUCAGAGCUAAUGGGCCUCAUCUACGGCGAAUAUGGCGGCCGAUCCGACGCCUUCAAACCAGGGAGCAUCUCCUUCGAAUGCGGUAUGGUCCCACACGGCGUUGCCUAUGAAGAAUUCAAAGCCGCAUCCGAAGCCCCACCACCGGAAAUACGCAUCUCAGAAGCAUCCAUCGCGUUCAUGUUCGAGUCUUCUCGCGCCUUCACUAUCACAGAUUAUGCAUGGAACAGUGAGAAGCGACACGAGCAUGAGCCCGCAAUGUGGGAUGAUCUGGUCGACAACUUCUCCACGCACAAGGACGAGGUGGAGGAGCUUUUAGCCAAGAAGGCGAACGGGCUGAGGAUUUAAGAUGGGGCUCUAAGUUUUUUCAUUUCUUCUUCAUGUUUCUUCCUAAGCGAUGGUGCUUUUGUUCUUGGUGUGUUGUUGUUUUGGGCAGUGCAAAUGGGUGUACGAGCGUAACGUUGUGGUCGUUGGCCGCUUUGGAUAGUGCGAUGUUGUUUUGUGGAGGGAUUCAUCUUCGGUUAUUGGGUUUAGUUAAUAUUGACUGCUUGUCUUUUCCACGGUUUUUCUGCUAUGGCUUGUAGAUUGGUUUAUUUUGGUUCUUUUAGGUUGUAUCCAAGAUUUUAAGAUCAAUAUGGAGUGAAG